UCCAUCUUGCAUGAAAGGUGUAAACAUGAAGCUGCCACAUAGAGCAUUUUGCAUGCAUAAAUCUAAUAUUAUUAAGCCACGCAGGUCUGCACAUCCUCGUCACUCUCUUCUCUCUCUAUAUACCCACCUAUAUGUAUAUCCGUCACCUCUCUUCUUCCACGCCCAACUCACUCUACCCUACCCUACCCUACCCUACUCCACACCAUCACUCUGUUAGCAUUCUUGAUUUCAGAAUGGGGAUCAGUGCUUGUACUGAGUUUCAGCGGCAACAAAAGUUCCACCAGUCGCACCAACUCAAUGCCCAGAAGAAAAUGCUAAGAGAAAUACAAAUCCCACCAAGGAAACUCCAUCGCCGCCAUUUAGCAGCGGCGCAGACGCUUUAUCAUAACGGUGGUGGUGCCACAUACAUUUUCAUGGAUUCUGCCGAUCAAAGCUUCCUUUCCAAAAAACGCUUACCUUAUAAUGAUGAUGACGAUGAGAAGAAUCCUUUCACCUCGGACUAUUUCAGAAUGUACGAGUUCAAGGUCCGUAUGUGCCCGCAAGGUGGUAGCCACGACUGGUCGAGCUGCCCCUACGCGCACCCCGGUGAGAAGGCCCGCCGUCGUGAUCCUCAGAAGUAUCGUUACACCGGAACUAUCUGCUCGGAGUUCCGCAAAGGCCAUUGCAGCCGCGGUGAAAGCUGUGAGUUUGCACAUGGAAUUUUUGAGUCUUGGCUUCAUCCAACUCGUUAUCGAACCGAGGCUUGCAAAGAUGGCCGCUAUUGUUGCCGAAGGGUCUGUUUUUUCGCACAUACUCCAAGCCAGAUUCGCCUUUUGCCGGAGGAAUAUUCAUCUCCGAUGAAUUCUCCGGUUACUAAUGUGAAUCACCGCUGCAGCUGCUGCCGUCAUUCUAAUAAUACGAUCUUGGCUUCUCAUAACUCGACUUUGAUGGGCGUUUCGCCGGAGAAAGAAAGGGAUUUCCCACUCUUUCCUAGGUACGAAAGUUCCGAGUACUCCAAUCCUCCGGCCGAGCUGAAUUCUAUUGGGACGAGUUACGCCGAUAAUCUGACCGAUUUACUGAACUCUUUAGAGGCAAUAAAAGUCAAUGAAAGUUCUUCCUCAGCCAAGAAAGGAAAAGCGCCUAUGAUUGAACCUGAUCUGAAGUGGAUCAGUGAUCUGUUGGAUUCCGUGGAUUGAACUAGAUUGAUAUAAAUAGUUCUGUAUCUAAGAUCUGAAUAUAUAUACAAAUAUUGCUCAUUGUCUCUGUAAAUCUUGAGAGAGAGAGAGAGAGAAUUGAUUUGCGAGUUUCUCUCUUUCGUAUUAUGCAUGUAAUACUUGUAAUUUCUUUCAGUAAAGAAGUUUAAUUAAUUAUGGCUUUG